UGUUGUUGUUGUUUUUUUUUUGUUUUGUUUUCAUUCGUCGUGGUCAAAAGCAAACUGUAUCAAAUCAAAACUAAAUUGGCUACAAAUCCAAUAACACAAUAGUAGUCACACAAGGUCAUGUUCUUUUUUAUAUUGCAAAAUUGGUUUUUCGUUUUCAUUUGAUCCAAGAUGAAAGAUUCUAAUCAUAACUUUCAUCAUUCAUUUCAUCAUUCGGGUAAAAUCAUAUCGUUACCACCGUCGAUGAGAACAACGACAGCAAAAAUAACAUCGAAAAUAGAACAUGGACAAGAUACUACUAAUGAAGAGAAAUCAAUUACAAAACAAAUCCAACAUCGAUCAUCAUCAUCAUCAUCAAACAGGAAAAAAUCAAAAUGGCAAAAAAUGUCACAAAGUUUACAGGCAACAAUUAAAAGAUUCUCCAAGGAUAUUCCAGUGAAAAUGCCCGAAAGUUUUCUUAAUUCAAAGACAAAGAAUCCGAAAAUAGAACAACAACAAAUAACUACUACUACUACUACGGUAUUGAAGAAUCGAAUUCCUAUGAUUCAACAAGAACAAGCACAAAAACAAUCCAAUUUGAAAUUGAUCCAUCCAAUUAUGAUCAAUGAUAAUGAGCAAUCGUUAUUAUUUACAUCGAACAAUAAUAAUGAAUCGAUUGGUUCAGUGUUUACUGUUCAAGAUAAACUUCCUAACGAAGAUUCUGCAUUACAAUUACUAUCGAUCAUGACGAAUAAUCGAUCAAUGAAUAGUGAACAACAGCAAUCGACAAUGAUGAUGAAUUCUGUUGAAAAGGAAAAAACAGAAAUAUUUGUUCCGGGCAAAGGACAUUUGAAAAGUGGAUUAUACGAUGAUGAACAUUUAUGAAAAAUGACCGAAUUUUUGUUUGGUGGUAAAUAUAUGAAUUUUAGACACAUU